CUCGGGCCCGCCCCCCCCUCCCGCGCUUCCUGGCGGCCCUGCGUCCGGCGCCCUGUUUGUGCUGCGGCUCUGGGGCCCCGGACGGCCCCGCCACCCCACCCCCGAGAGCCGAAAGCGGCCCCGGGAGAGCCGGAGGCCCCCGCGGGCCCUGGAGACUGCGGCCCCUGCCCCACAGCGCCCCCCUCCGGGCCCGUUCCCCCGUGCCCGACAGCGCCCCCGGGGGGCGGCACGACACCCCUGCGCGCGCGCCCCGGCGUGCUUCCCUCUCCCGUCUCCCCGGCCCCCGCGUUUUAGACGCCUCCUCCGCCGCCGCCGCUCGGAGCAACCCGGGGGCCGGAUGGACGGGGCCGCGGGGCCCGGUGAGGACCCUGCUCAGGAGGCCCUGCAGUCCUUGAGCCAGCGGCUCCGGGUGCAGGAGGAGGAGAUGGAGCUGGUGAAGGCGGCCCUGGCAGAAGCCCUUCGCCUGCUGCGGCUGCAGGGACCCCCUACCCCCUUGCCCAGCCCUGGAACACCAGCUCCCACAAGCGACAGCCCAGCAGCGCCCCUGGGCCUGCCAUCCACAGGCAGCCCCUCCUUGGUGAGCCGAGGCACCCAGACGGAGACAGAGGUGGAGACGGAGCCAGCCCCCCGACUCCCUGGCCUGAGCAACGGGCCCACAGCCCCUCAGGGGGGCAGUGAGGAGCCUGGGGGGACCCUGUGUGAAGGAGGAGGCAGCAGCAGCAGUGGCGCCGGCUCCCCCGGCACCCCGGGGGUCAUCAGGCCCGUGCAGCCCCUACAGUGUGCCGACACGCCCCGGAGAAAUUCUUCCUCCUCAUCCCCCUCGGAGCGACCCCCGGCAGAAGCUUUCCAGGAAGGCGGCUUCCUCAGCCACUUGUUAUUGCGGUCAGGGAGCACAGAGAGCCGCUGGGGGAAAGACCCCCUCUCCAGCCCUGGGGGCCCUGGAUCUCGGAGGAGCAAUUACAAUUUGGAAGGCAUCUCAGUGAAGAUGUUUCUUCGCGGCGCCCCCAUUACCAUGUACAUCCCGUCUGGCAUCCGCAGCCUUGAGGAGCUGCCGAGUGGCCCACCCCCAGAAACCCUCAACCUUGACUGGGUUUAUGGGUACAGGGGUCGUGACUCCCGCUCUAAUCUUGUGCUGCGCUCUGGGGAGGUGGUCUACUUAUUGCCCUGCGUGGUGGUGCUGUGUACUGGCCGGGGAGGCCCGGGGGGCCCCGGAGGUGGCAGCCAGAGACAUUACCGGGGGCACACGGACUGCGUUCGAUGCCUUGCCGUUCACCCUGAUGGUGUCCGUGCCUCUGGACAGACAGCGGGAGUGGAUAAGGAUGGAAAGCCCCUGCAGCCUGUGGUCCACGUCUGGGACUCCGAGACGCUGCUGAAGCUGCAGGAGAUUGGACUGGGGGCCUUCGAGCGGGGCGUGGGGGCCCUGGCCUUUUCAUUUGUGGAUCAAGGUGCUUUUCUUUGCGUGGUGGAUGAUUCCAAUGAGCACAUGCUGUCGGUGUGGGACUGUAGCCGGGGCGUAAAGCUGGCUGAGAUCAAGAGCACAAAUGACUCAGUCUUGGCCGUCGGCUUCAGCCCUCGUGACAGCAGCUGCAUCGUCACCAGCGGGAAAUCUCACGUGCACUUCUGGAACUGGAGUGGUGGAGCAGGGGUUUCUGGAAACGGGACCCUCACCCGGAAACAGGGCGUCUUUGGGAAAUACAAGAAACCCAAGUUUAUCCCUUGCUUUGUGUUCCUCCCCGAUGGAGACAUUCUCACUGGGGACUCAGAGGGGAACAUUCUCACCUGGGGGCGGAGCCUCUCAGAUUCCAAGGCCCCAGGCAGGGGCGGGACCAAAGAGACCUACGGGAUUGUGGCCCAGGCCCACGCACACGAGGGCUCCAUCUUCGCUCUGUGUCUGCGGCGAGAUGGGACGGUACUGAGUGGCGGCGGGCGGGACCGCCGGCUGGUACAGUGGGGGCCCGGGUUGGUGGCUCUCCAGGAGGCCGAGAUUCCUGAAGACUUUGGGGCCGUGCGGGCCAUCGCUGAGGGGCCUGGCUCGGAGCUGCUGGUGGGAACGACGAAGAACGCGUUGUUGAGGGGGGAUCUGGCCCAGGGCUUCUCCCCUGUCAUCCAGGGCCACACAGAUGAGCUCUGGGGGCUCUGCACACAUCCCUCCCAGAACCGCUUCCUCACCUGUGGCCACGACCGGCAGCUGUGCCUGUGGGAUGGGGAGGGCCACGCACUGGCCUGGAGCAUCGACCUCAAGGAGACGGGUCUCUGUGCUGACUUCCACCCCAGUGGGGCAGUGGUGGCCGUAGGACUGAACACGGGGAGGUGGCUGGUUUUGGACACGGAGACCAGAGAGAUCGUGUCUGACAUCACUGAUGGCAACGAGCAGCUCUCAGUGGUCCGGUACAGCCCAGACGGGAUGUACCUGGCCAUCGGUUCCCAUGACAACAUGAUCUACAUCUAUAGCGUUUCCAGUGAUGGUGCUAAGUCCAGCCGCUUUGGCCGUUGUAUGGGCCACUCCAGCUUCAUCACUCACCUUGACUGGUCCAAGGAUGGGAACUUCAUCAUGUCCAAUUCUGGGGACUACGAGAUUCUUUACUGGGACGUGGCUGGAGGUUGCAAGCUGCUGCGGAACCGCUAUGAGAGCCGAGACCGCGAGUGGGCCACCUACACCUGCGUGCUGGGCUUCCACGUCUAUGGCGUGUGGCCCGACGGCUCUGACGGGACCGACAUCAAUUCCCUGUGCCGCUCCCACAACGAGCGCGUGGUGGCCGUGGCCGACGACUUCUGCAAAGUGCAUCUCUUCCAGUACCCCUGCGCGCGCGCCAAGGCGCCGAGCCGCGUGUACGGGGGCCACGGCAGCCACGUGACCAGCGUCCGGUUCACGCACGACGACUCGCACCUCGUCUCGCUGGGCGGCAAGGACGCCAGCAUCUUCCAGUGGCGCGUGCUGGGCGCUGGGGGCGCGGGGCCGGCGGCCACCACGCCCUCUCGAACCCCCUCCCUGUCCCCGGCCUCAUCCCUCGACGUCUGAUGGCCGCCGGACUGGACCGACCGGCCCUUCGGCGUGCCCGCCUCACCCGGAUCCCCCAGGACCAGGGGCCGACCCUUCCCUUGACUUCGAGACAUUCCCGAUCGCGCAUUUUCCUGGAAGGGGCGAACGACACCCCUGCACACACUGU